AUGNCGUUACAGGGAAUUCAAGAGGAAAAUAAAGAGAUGUCGAACCGUAUUACUUCUACAAAUUUAAGUUCAAUUACGGAUGUUCAGGUACUAUGGGAUUUAGAAUUGUUAGGCAUUCGAAAUGAAAAUGAGAUAGCUACUAUUGAGGAUAAGCAUCUAAUAAACAAAUUCGAAAAUAAUCUUAAGUUUGUUAAUGGCAGGUACGAAACUUCAUUAUUAUGGAAAAGGUCACCUAAGGAUCUUGCGAACAAUUUUUGGAUAGCAAAAAAGAGAUUCGAUAAUUUAAAAACUAAUUUUGAGAAGAAUGAUUGGGUUGCGAGGGAAUAUAAACUUACGAUACAAGAGCAACAAAACAAGGGAAUAGUCGAGGAAUGUACUAGAGAUAAUGAGGAAUAUUUUAUGCCUCACAGAGCAGUUGUGCGAAAUGAUAAAGAUACUACUAAAGUGCAAGUUGUUUUUAACUGUAGCUCAAAAACUAAGCAAAAUUUAUCUUUAAAUGAUUAUUUAGAAAUAGGGCCAAAUUUAAAUCCUAAUGUGUUAGACAUUAUUCUUAAAUUUAGAAAAUUUAAAGUAGCGUUCAGUGCAGAUAUAGAAAAGGCUUUUCUCAUGAUAGGCAUCUCUGAAAAGGAUAGGAAAUUUUUAAAGUUUUUAUGGCUUUCAGAUAAUUCAAGUAAUAGCUUUAAAAUUUUGCGAAUGACUCGCCUUCCUUUCGGUUGUACAUCAUCUCCGUUUAUUCUUAGCGCAACAAUUAAAAAGCACAUUAAACAGUAUCUUGAAAAUGCACCUAAAUGUGUUGAAAUGUUGGACACUUCACUUUAUGUGGAUGAUCUUUAUUUUGGUGCUGAUGAUGUUGAGGAGGCGUUUGAUUUAUCGACUGAAGCUGUUCAUAUUUUGGGAGAUGCAGGAAUGAAUUUACGAAAGCUGAAUUCUAAUUCGGAAGAAUUGAAGUCAUUGUGGAUAGAAAGGGGUUUUAGUGAUGUUAGUGAGAGUUCUAGUGGUAGUUUGAAAGUUUUAGGUUUGAAUUGGAACCCUAUAGGAGAUAUUCUGUCGUUGGAAAUUUCCCCGUUAUUGAAAAGUUUAAUUAAUUCGGCAAAUACGAAAAGGUUUGUGUUACACGCUGCUGUAAUGGUGUUCGAUCCAGUUGGUAUUGUUAGUCCUUUCGUUCUUAAGAUCAAGUGUCUGUUGCAAGAGAUAUGGAAAAGAGGUUUAGAUUGGGACGAAGAGUUGUCAGUAGAUUUAAAAAUUAAAUGGACUGAAUGGUGUGUAGAAGUUAAGCAUUUAAAAGACAUAGUCAUUCCAAAGUAUUGUUUUUUGUCAUGCGGAAAUCCAGGAAGUCGAAGAGUAGAGGUACACAUAUUUUGUGAUGCGUCACUCGUUGCAUAUGGGACGGUUUCCUAUGUUUGGUAA